GAGACGAAGCUAGAGGGAGAGAGAGAGAGAGAGAGAGAGAGAGAGAGAGAGAGAGAGAGAGAGUGAGAUAAGCUCUCUGGCUGAUCUUAUUUUUUCCCCCGAUCAGAUCGAAGAGUUUUAUCUCGGAAUUCAAACUUUUUUUGUCUGGUUUCCUCUGCCUAAAGAGAUCCAAGCUUCACACAAUUGUGUGUGGUUGAUUAAGAUCUAUCGAAUCCACCGAUUUGGUGUUCUCCGGCGAUUCUUCCGGUUGAAUUCUCGAGGAAAAGUUGCAGAGGAGGCCGAUUUUGGUUAAAUCGACCAAAAUUCGACUAGUUUUUAUCGGCAAAAAGCAUAAUUCAGCAGCUUCUGAGCUCAAUUCCGCUUCUUUGACCUUCGGAAAAGACAACAUCUGUUGAAUUUGCUGCUAUAACUCGCAGAUCUGAGUUGCUAGCUACAUAAUUCCCUCGAAUUUCAGACCGAUUUUUGCCAAGAAUUGUCAAAUUCCCGCGCUCAGAUUAUAAUAUUUUUGAAAAAAAUAAAAUUCAGAGAAUUGUGGAAGCUUGCUGUUCAUGGAGCUUCCUCAACCUCGUCCCUUCAAAACCGAAGGGAGAAAACCAACACAUGAUUUUUUAUCGCUCUGCAGUCAUUCAACCGUCCAUCCAGAUCCAACAAAGCUAACACCACCUUCUUCUCAAGGUAGUCACUUGAAAACCCAUGAUUUUCUUCAACCUUUGGAAUGUGUUGGUGCUAAAGAAGAGAUAACUAGGAUUAACACUACCACUACAGCGUCCGAGAAGCCACCGCCCCCUGCACCCCCACCACCGCUGCAGCACGUUCUUCCCGGUGGUAUAGGGACUUACACAAUAAGCCCCAUUCCUUACUUCCAUCAUCAUCAUCAGAGGGUUCCUAAGCCGGAGUUGUCACCGCCAAUGAUGUUCACUACUGCUGCGCAAGCAACUGGUGGUAAUGAGAGAAUUGCUGUGGACGACAAUUCAAACUCUAAUUGCAGCUCGUAUGCUGCUGCGGCAAGCGGAUUCACUCUCUGGGAUGAAUCUGCUUCUGGGAUGAAGGGACAGACAAGGAAGGAGAAUAAUGUUGGGGAGAGAGCAAACAUGAGAGCUGAUGUUGCAACAACUGUGGGACAAUGGCCAGUGGUGGAACGACGGUCCCAAUCGUUGACAAAUAACCAUAUGAGCGGUUUCAGUUCUCGCUCUUCCUCUCAAGGGUCUGGACUUAAGAGCCAGAGCUUCAUGGACAUGAUAAGGUCAGCAAAAGGAAGUUCCCAGGACGAUGAUUUAGAUGAUGAAGAAGAUUUUAUCAUGAAGAAAGAAAGCUCCUCGACUAGCCAGAGCCAUCGAGUGGAUUUGAGGGUAAAAGCAGAUGUGAGAGGCUCUGGUAACGAUCAAAAGCUGAACACGCCAAGGUCUAAACAUUCUGCUACAGAGCAACGAAGAAGGAGCAAGAUCAAUGAUAGGUUUCAAAUGUUGAGACAGCUUAUACCUAAUAGUGACCAAAAGCGGGACAAGGCCUCCUUCUUACUAGAGGUUAUCGAGUAUAUACAAUUCUUACAGGAGAAAGCAGACAAGUAUGAAACAUCUUACCAAGGAUGGAAUCACGAACCUGCAAAGCUAUUGAAUUGGCAGAGAAACAAUCAACAGCUAGUACCAGAAGGAACCGUUGCUUUUGCUCCAAAAUUGGAAGAAGAGAAGAAUAACGUUCCGGUUCCAGUACUUGCAACAGCACAAGGCGUUGCAAUCGAUCAUCUAAUAACUGCAACGACCUCUCCAUUUCCAUUGUCGAUUCAAAACAACAGUUUUUUCUCUCCUGUGAUUGCGGGUAAUCCUGUACCUCAGUUCCACACAAGAGUCGCAUCAUCAGAGGCCGUAGAGCCAAACCCGAGUUCUCGGAGUCAAACUCAGCCAUUGAAAGAAGAAGAAGAAGUAGAAGAUGAGGAAAUUCUUGAGGGUAACAUCAGUAUAUCAAGUGUUUACUCACAAGGAUUAGUGAAAACACUAAGAGAAGCAUUGGAGAAUUCAGGGGUGGACUUAACGAAAGCAAGCAUCUCUGUUGAAAUCGAGCUUGCUAAACAAUCAUCGUCUUCCUUCAAGGAUCAUGAAGUCCGUGGACCGGUAUCUCGAACCAGAAACGAGGAUGUCAAGCAAACUCGGAAACCAAAACGGCUCAAGACGGGACAAUAGAAGUUUAUAAAAACAGAAACCAAACACACAAUCUGGUAAAAACACCAAAGUUGAUUCCUCUGUUCUUUUAUCUCAAAAAGGGAUUAUAAUUUAUUAUUCUUAGUUAUAUCUUCUUGAUUUUUUUUUUCCUUUUGUACAUUCGAAAGUCAUGUUUUUAUCUCGUGGGUCCAUAAUCUCUUGAGACCUAAGAAGACUAGUGCGACCCGGUUGUGCUAACCGCAUUUUAGAACAUAAUCUCAAAUAUUCUUUGGGGUUUUGUCUUUUUUUUUUCUUUCUUUCUUUCGAGGAACAUAUUGUUAAAGGGAAGGCUUCCAAUGUUUUGGAGAAGCUUCUUAUCUUAUGCUAAAUCAUUUGUUACCCUUUCUCUCUCUCUCUAUAUAUAUAUAUAUCAUCUUCUCACA